CUCUGUUCUAAUGGCAGCUUGGACUCUCCUCGUGACCCAUCAUCCCCUUCCUCUCUCUAGAAAACCUCUCUCCUUCUUCACACUUUUUCUGCAACGUCACAACCGGCCAAAAGACCUAAACCUGCUCAAUUUGUUUGCGUACUGAAUAAUUCUCAUCAACUUGUCGCUUUCUGGUUGAGCAAACUAUGCUUUUUCUGCAUUCUCGAUAGCGAAGUUCCAUUGAUUCCAUCUUCUCUCUCUCUCUCUCUCUCUCUGAUGUCCCUUUGGAGCUUGGAGUUAGUUAUCGUUUCAGUGGUGGGGAGAAUAUGAAGUGUUUCCACUUUACUAACGGCGAGAAGAAAGAGGAUGGCGGCGAAGACGGUCUUGUGUCCAGAUCCUCGAAAGUCUCUUGGGCCCGAUCCUUCAGCGUCGCCUCCAGCAGUCUAGACACAAGACGUUCUGAAUUCGAUUCAGAGUCUAGGGAUUUCUCCGACUCGGUCAAUUUCUACGAGUUUCUGAGUCAGCGAAGAGCCAACGAUCUGCGUGUUUUCUCGUUCGCCGAAUUGAAAUUGGCGACUCGAGGGUUCAGCCGCGCACUCAUGAUUGGUGAGGGAGGGUUUGGCUGUGUUUAUCAAGGCGUAAUUAGGGUUUCUGAAGAUGACAUUUCUGAGUCGAAUAUAGAUGUGGCUAUUAAGCAGCUGAAUCGCAAUGGAUUCCAGGGGCAUAAGGAAUGGAUUAAUGAAGUGAACUUUCUUGGAGUAGUUAGCCAUCCAAAUUUGGUGAAGUUAGUUGGUUAUUGUGCAGAAGAUGAUGAAAGAGGGACGCAAAGGCUUUUGGUUUAUGAACUAAUGCGUAAUAAAAGCUUGGAUGACCAUUUAUUGAGUCGGGUCCCAGCCACUUUGCCAUGGAUAACCAGACUUAAAAUUGCUCAAGAUGCAGCUCGUGGCUUGGCUUAUCUUCAUGAAGAAAUGGAUUUUCAGCUUAUAUUUCGAGAUUUCAAGACUUCAAAUAUUCUUUUGGAUGACGAGUUCAAUGCUAAACUCUCAGACUUUGGCCUUGCUAGACAAGGUCCAGCUGCUGGACUAAGUCAUAUUUUAACAUCAGUUGUUGGUACAGUUGGUUAUGCAGCGCCAGAAUACGUACAGACAGGUAGAUUAACAGCUAAAAGCGAUGUCUGGAGCUUCGGGGUGGUUCUGUACGAGCUAAUAACAGGAAGAAGAGCAGUAGAAAGAAAUUUACCUAGAAAUGAGCAAAAGCUAUUGGAGUGGGUGAGACCAUUUGUAUCGGACUCAAAGAAAUUUUACCAAAUAAUAGAUUCCAGACUUGAAUCUAUCAACAACAGCUGUCGGAUUAAAUCAGCAAUGAGAGUUGCGUGUUUGGCCAACAAGUGUCUAAUGAAACAUCCUAAAUCACGACCAAAGAUGAGUGAGGUUGUUGAGAUUUUGUCUGACAUAAUUAAUAAUCAGAUGGCAGAAGAAGAAGGGAUCGGGACUGAAACUGCUGAUUCGAUCGCAGUGAUCGAAGAGGAAAGGGCGAAACGGGAGAGGAGUGUAAGAAAGAAGAUGGUUUUUGAUUUUAGAGAGAUCAUUAGUUUGAGGAAUAAACCUAUAGGGAAAUUUGAUUGGAGAAACUGGGCAGCAGGGUCUGUGAGAAUAUGAUUGUCUAGAUUCUAUAAUACAGUUGUAUAUAUUAGCUGUUUUUCUUCUUAAUUUUGGAAAUUGGUAUUUUUUAUGGAAGUUUAAUUAUAAUAUGAUCAUAAGUUGGACCGAAUUUGUUUGAUAAAACUUGACAUGCAUAUUUAUCAGAUCAAAUGUGAGAAAAAGUUUGCUAUUUUACUUUUA